UUACUUUUAACAGUUAAUAUCUAAAGGAUAAUCAAUUUAAAUUCAAAUAUUUGCGAGCAAAAAUCGUCAAUUCAAUCGAGCGUUUCGUCCUUAUCAAAAUAAAAAGUGUUUUUUUCUGGUAGAAAUUGCGGAGGCCAUAUUUGAAAAUGAUGUUUGUAUUCGAAAGAUUAAGUUUGAUACGUUGGAUCUUAAUCCUAGAUAAGGCUUCGGCGAACCCAUCCAAAUUCAAUUUUACGGAUUAUGGAACAAUCGUUGACUUCGGAGGGACCCGUUACUGUGAUGCAGGCCAUUCCUGCGGGAGCAGCUAGCCAGCAAGUGCAGGUUGUGCAAGCUGGUCAAGUCAUUCAGGGGCCUAAUGGCCAACAUAUUGUGGUACACGCAGUUCCUCAAACGAAUCAAAUUCAGUUAGCAGCGCCUCAGUCUAGUCCCGCUAUUCAACAACUUCAAGUACUGCCUAUGUCAACAUUACAAACUGGGGGUUGUAGUCAGAUUGUGAUUCCUCAACAAGCUCAAAUAUUGCAAACACCCGAUGGCCAAACGUUUAUUUACCAACCUUCUGCGGUAGUUGAAAAUGCGAUUCAGCAACAAACUCAACCGACUCUUAUUAAUUUGAAUGGAAAUUUAGUACAAAUUGCAAACGCGCAAGCAUCUUCUAUCACAGCACCGACAACUACACCCUCAGGCGCUCACAAUACCAACUCUAAUCAAAAUAUCGUUAUGGUGGUACCUAACGGUGGAAAUGCUGUUCAACAAGUUAAAAGUCCGGAAUUUUUAGAAGAAGAACCUUUAUACGUGAAUGCUAAACAGUACAAAAGAAUUUUAAAACGUAGACAAGCCCGAGCAAAACUAGAAGCGCUUGGUAAAAUACCAAAAGGCAGACAGAAAUACUUGCACGAGUCUCGUCAUAAACACGCCAUGAAUAGAAUACGCGGAGAAGGUGGUCGAUUUCAUUCUGGGUCCGUUAAAAAAUUAGCCGAACAGCAGCAAUCGCAGCAACAGUAAAAAAUAACUAAUUAACUAUCUAUACAUAAUUAUUGUAUAUUUUGCAUUAUCAAUAGCGUGUGAGAUCUCUUUUUCUUGUCUUUGUCCAAGUGUUUGUACAUUUUGUAUAUAUUUAUAAAAUAAGGACGUGUUUUCACGAGUGAAAAUGUUUAAGUAAAACUUUUAAAGAUGUAGUGAUGUACUGUUGAAAUGUGGAGGUAACGUUCGAUGAACUCGCCCUCUUCCAAAAUAUUUUCAUUUUUACCGUUUUUAUAAUGUUUAAUUUAUAAUUUUCAUUACACUUUGUUUAUGAUGUAUUUAUGACUUCAAAUAUAUUGAAUAUUUUUCUGUUAA